GUACUGUGCGGAGCAGGCUGGGAGGGACGACACAGUACCAGACACAGACAGCAAGUCGCUAUGUUUAAAGGGUGCCAUAAACUGCUGCUUUAUUUAACGUAUUUUCGCAGAACAAGACAGUGACAGGGGCCGUGGUGGCUGUCAGCGUGUGCUGGUGCAAGCUUGGUGCCUGCCGGGAGGUGCCAAGUGCAGUGCCACCAAGGCUAAUAUUGGUAAGAAACCGGCCCACCACUUGUCCAGCCAGCUAAUUUGCACAGUCUGAUGUAACAGGCGGUAACUGUGAUAGUGUUGUUACAUGUCACCCACAACAACAACACAGGGCUGUCAGGACUCACCAUUUUUCCAAAAAUAUGAACUGGAUCUCCGAGAUAAUGUACUCGGAGACGGCAGCUUCAGUGUCUGUCGGGAAUGUGCACAAAAGUCCAGCGGGCAACACUUUGCUGUCGAGAUAGUGUCAAGAAGACUAGACUGCCAACAAGAAAUCAAUUUACUCCGGGCUUGCCAAGGACAUUCCAACAUUGUCAACAACCUGUUCCAUGAAGUUUUCCAUGAUGAAGCACACACCUACAUUGUGAUGGAGCUCCUUGGAGGUGGAGAGCUAGCUGCUUCAGAGGAUCAGGAAACACGAGAGGUUCACAGAGGCUCAGGCUUCAGUCAUCAUGAGGAACCUGGGUUAUUGACAGUAGAUGCUUCAAGGCGUCUCACCAUCACUGAGUUGCUGCAGGAUGAGUGGCUUCAGGGAGGCCCUCCUUAUUUAUUUUCAGCAACUCCCCUCACGACACCCACUAUACUCGCUUUUCAUGCAUUCCACAUGGCAACUAGGGAAGAAUUUUGCUUGCUAGUAAGUUUGAUUGGAGUUCAUGAUAAAAAUUCAAACAUAUUGGAGUCUAAGAGGCUGUAGUGGAAGUUACUGGGGUUUUCAAGGGUGUUUUCAUGAUUCCAGUGAUAGUUGAAGAGGUUUAACAGGCUGUAGUGGAAGUUACUGGGGUUUUCAAUGGUGUUUUCAUGAUUCUGGUGAAUUUAAAAGGCUGUAUACAUUUAAUUAGAAAGAAAAAUAGUGUUUAUUACCAUGAUUAGAGAGAGAGAGAGAGAGAGAGAGAGAGAGAAAGUGCAUUAAUCUUUAGUAAACAAACAAGCAAAUCCUGUUAGCUGUAUAUUAAGUAAACAUUCCAUUAGUGUUUAAGAACAAAUUAUAUUACCACAACUGAUCAAAUGUGCAGUAUCAGUAAGGCUGUAUUCCCAAACACGCCCACACCCGCUUGCCUGACUGUCAGUGUUUAAUUAAAAAGUUAUUGGGGUUUUCAAGGGCGUUUUUCAAGAAGUUAUUGGGGUUUUCAAGGGUGUUUUUCAUGGUUCUAUUGUUAAACAGGCUGUAAUGGAAGUUACUGGGGUUUUCAAGGAUGUUUUUCAUGAUUCCAGUGAUAGUUUAACAAUUAUUCUGCCUCACCAGUGGAAAACAACCGCCCCUAAUAGCCUGACCAACCGUGUGUGGCCUUGCAGAACAGAGAGAGAGAGAGAGAGAGAGAGAGAGAGGUGGGUGUUGUUUGGGAGUGCUAACCAAGAAAUGAUCUUAGUAAUGACAGAUACUUAAUCAAGUAUAUAUAUAUUUUUUGUGUGCCUUUCCCCUGUUGUAUUUGUGUUUAUUUGAGACGGGCAGGAGAAAUUGUUUACCCUCGUCUGCAAACUCUCUUCUCAGGAUGUAAUCUCACCUUACCUUAAUAAAAUGUUGAUUAUUA